GAUGUGGGUGUAUUGAUUCUACGUCACCCUCACUGACAGAACACAAUAUCGCUCCGUUGACAGAUUGAUGUAAGCGCAUUAAUCCACAGUCGGAUUGGGGCCCCACUAACCAUUGAAAUUGCUCAUCCCUGUCGACAGUUUUCGUGAGUUUCUCUAUCCUCAUCCUCAAUCGAGCUCUAGCUUUGCUCACCGAUGGCAUUGCUCAUCCAUUGCCAGAAAGACGAGCUUUACGACGAGCACCGUGUAGAGAUACAGUCUAGGUUACUCUCUGCGACCUCCCACUCAUCACCCUUGGAGAAUAUCGUUCAGCUCAUUUCUGCUGUUGUCAUUAUCUUUGAACACUCUUUCUACAUUUUCGACAAGCGGCGCUAUCUUCAGGACAAGGAGUCUAAUCCCUCGUUUCGUGUCGCUCUCGAGCAGUACAUAGCAUCUCCGCAUGCAGCUACUGUCAGGGAAGCUGUGAGUGCUGCCGUCCAGGCGUGUGAAGAAGCUGUGGCUACUGCCGCCCAUGCAUAUGAAGAAGCUGUGAGCACUGCCGUCUAUCCAUAUCAAGGAAAACUGCCUUCUUGGAUAAGAAAGUUACCGUUUGAAUCUUUCAAGAGGAAGGCAAAAGAGGCCAAGGAAUCCUUUGAAUGCUCUCGGGCGAGAGAAAAAGAUUCUUUGUGCUCUCAGGCGCACGAGGAGUUAAUUGAAGCUGUUCUUGAAAUCGCUCUAAAUCAUCGCCUGCCUAGACCUUAAUAUCAGGCAAUGCAACACACCAUCACGAUCAAUGAUGCUCCGGUUCGGAGAGGAGUGGAGGUGCCAGUCUGGGCUGUGAAGGUUGCUUGAAAUGUUUGUUGAGGUAGAUUCAGGAUGUGGAACUGUAUGAAUUAGUUGUAUGAUCAUACAAUAUAGCGCUUUGUGUGGUAUGGGGUAUACGUGUUUAGAGAAU